AGCGCGCCUUGCCUGCGUUUGCUAGCACUUUCCAGCGCCGUCAGCUGAUAAGUCACGUCAUUCAAAACAAACGCCCCCCUUUCCACAGAGACCGAACAUUAAUGAGAUGCUCGGUGGGCGGGGCUAACGGAAACUUUCGAAGUGAAAAUAACAGUAGUGUACGGGCUGUGUCCUCUCGGCGUAUCGCUCGCGCUUUUUCGCUCCAAGGAGGGCAUCGUCUUUUGUGUACAUCUCACUUCCGUGUCUACUGUAUCCUAACGAAAGAUUUCAGCUUUUCUUCAAACAUACAAAUAAUCAAGUGUUGCUUCCAAGAUGGCUAUGGUGAAGAGUGGUUGGCUCCAUCGACAAAGUACCAUAUUGCGUCGGUGGAAAAGAAACUGGUUUGACUUGUGGUCUGAUGGAAGACUUGUUUUCUACGAUGAUCAACAACGCCGUGACAUGGAGGACGAUAUUCACAUGAGGGUCGACUGCAUUAACAUCCGCAGUUCUACUGCGUGUCAAGAGCUGAACCCACCGGAGGGGAAGAUGCGUGAUGCCUUGCUCCAGAUAGUGUGCAGAGAUGGACGGGUCAUCAGCCUGUGUGCAGACAGUGCAGAUGAUGCUCUGGCAUGGACCAUGGCACUUCAGGAUGCCAGAAUUAAUGCGGUUGUCGCUGCUCCUCAGAUCGGCUUUGCUCAGGAAGUGAUGGCAUCUGCCCCCCCUCCCUACUCAGAAUAUGCUCCCGCACCUCAGGCUUAUGCCCCAGGCCCGUAUGGAGACUAUGCUGCUCCACCUCCACAUGCUACGCAGAUUGUAUACUCUCCUGAUGGGCAGCCCUACGCUGUUGCUUAUCCUUAUCAGUACCAGGGUGGGUACCCUGCUCCUGGAGUGAACCGUGUUAUUAUCCGGGAGCGCCAGCGCGACGAUGGAGGGGAUGUAGCUUUGGGCAUGCUCGCUGGAGCGGCAACUGGUUUGGCGCUCGGCUCUCUCUUCUCUGUCUUUUAGUGUCUUGAUUAAUGUACAUCUAGUAGCAAACCGUUCCCCCGUCUUCACAGCAUUUGGCUUCUUCUUUGUUCCAUCACAUGAGUUGGAGUGAAAUGUGUCUGUUUGGCUACUUCUAUCGAUGAAACAUGGUUGUGAUGGGCAGGCAAACGUCUCCCUAUAUGUCCUAUACACACAGUAAAUACUGUUAGCACUUUCUUAUAUGCCCUGUGUGGCGGUUUCCCACUCCCACUUGUGUUAUCUGAAUAUGAAUGUUCGUAACCAAAAAAAUACAACACUUGUUCACUUUUAAGAGUCAUUUAAAUGACAGGAAAGAUGCUACACCUCUUGUGUACGUUUCAGGUCCACUCAGCUAAUGUCUCAGUCAGGUUUGAUUCUGUUUCAUGGAGCAUAUUUGUCAUUAUAUUUGAAGAAUUAUCUUAACUGUUAUGAAUUGAUUUUGUUUUGGGUUUUUUUUUUUUUUUACAGGUUUUGUGUUCAUCUGUUUGCUGUACCUUAUUUGACUUUGUUUUACAUGUUUUACUUGUCUGUUAUGGUUGUGAACACGCAGUGUUUCCUCGGGUUAUUUGUGGUGGUGGCAGGCUGAGAUGAGAGUUGUGUAAAGAGCGAUGCGCCCACACAAAGCAAUAAUCAUUUUCUUUGUAGCAUUUUGAGGUAGCCAUUUGGUGCAAAGUGGUUGUGAUGGAUGACUGAUGUUCUCUUCACCAUAAAUAAGUCUGUGUAUGAGGAAACACUGACAUUUACAUGAUGUGUUUUGACAUGAAAAGGAACGUCACUCCUAAUGACUCAUACCUAUAUUUGCAUGCAUUAUUUAUGGUCCUUUUUUUUCAUUGGCAGCUGUUGAAUCAUACUUUUAAAUUCAUUUCAAGUGUAUUUGAACUGGUAUUUUACUUUUCAUUUCAAUAUGCAUAAAAUAGUGAUCAGGUUAAUCAGUCUCUUGAGAUUAAGCUACAUUUCAAUUGGCCAUGACUUUUAAUUUUCACUCCACAUGACUUGAAUAUUUUCAUUUCCAUUAUUCAGGUUAAUUAUGAGUGCAUUUAUUCACUUUAAAAUGGCAACUUCUGCUAAAUGGAAACCAUUUUGGUCUGCUUUUUCAAACAAAGACACUGCAUAUCUUUAUUAAUUACAUUAACUGAGGAGAUGUAUAAGACUUGUUUCCAAGUUAUUUCAGUUUGCAAAUGGUCAGCUAGUGCAAGCAGCGUAACAAUAUCAUUUUUCUACAGGUCUUAAAUUGAUGUGAAAUUAGUUCUAUUUCUCUUAUCAAAUGUACUAAUUCAAUUCUGAUUUACCCUGCAUUUAAAAUAAAAAUAUGACAGGUAACUAAGAUGUAUUUUAACAAUUAAAUAUAUUCACAAAUUUAA